AUGGUUGUUGGAAAGAGAAAACAAGAAGAGGAAUUCGAAGAGGAACUCGCUGAUAAUACAAAGAAUCUAAAGAGACAAAGAAAACCAGUAAACAAUAUACAGAUAGUUCAAAGCGAUGACGAUGAAGAGAUAGAGGAGAGUGGCGAUGACAGCAGCGACGGCGACGACGACGACAGCAGCAGUGGCGGUGACAGUGAUAUGUCGGAUAUCGAACAAUCUCAACCGAUUUCACCGAUUGCCAAAGGCAAAGGAAGAAGAGCUGCUGUUGCCAAUGGACAUGCUGCUAAAACCAAUGGAAAUGGCAAUGGCAAUGGCAAUGGAGUCAAUCAUCACAAUAAUAAAAACAAUAAUAAUAAUAAUAAUAAUAUACAACAGAAUGGUAAUGCUCCUAUGUCUCGGCGGAACAUAACAGAGGAUGGCAAUGAAGAGGAAGAAGACGAGCUGAGUGAAGACGAAGAGGAAGUGGCAAGAUCGCUACACGAAUCAGAGUUGGGAAUCAUCGAGAAGAUCACUCUCGAGAACUUUAUGUGUCACAAGCAUUUCGAGAUUGUUCUCGGUCCAAACGUAAACUUUAUCUCUGGUGAGAACGGUAGUGGAAAGUCGGCACUGCUCGUCGCUCUCAUGGUUUGUCUCGGUGCCAAAGCAGGUACAACCAAUCGUGGUCAUAAACUAGCGGAUCUAGUUAAAACUGAUUCACAAGGAAACGAAGCGUAUAGACAUAAGGAGUUUGGUGAUUCUAUCAUUAUUGAGAGAAAGAUAUAUAAGAGUGGAACUAGUGGUGGAUAUAAAAUCAAAGAUGCUACCGGUAAAAAGACAAUCUCAACAAAACACGACGAUAUCCUACUGAUAUUGGAGCAAUUCAACAUUCAAAUCGACAAUCCAAUGGCCAUUCUAAUGCAAGAUACAUCCAGAGAGUUUCUUAAUGAAUCGACUCCACAAGCAAAAUACAAUUUAUUCUUAACAGCAACACAACUGGAUCAAAUGAAGAAAGAUUUUAAUUUUAUUGACGAUAAUAUAAAAGAAAUCAAUUCUAUAUUGGAGAAAAAGAACUAUAUUAUUGAUGAGAUGGAAAAGAAAGUGGCGGAAUAUACAAAGGAAUAUAAAGAGUUACAGAAGGUGUUUAAUUUGGAGACUAGUGUGCAAGAGUUGAAGGAGAAGUUGGCUUGGUCUUAUGUGGUGGAGAUAGAACGUUCGAUUGCCACGCUGACUUCAGAGUUGGAGGCGUGCGACAAGGGUGCAAGUGACAGUCAGCAGAGGGUGGACGAGCUACAACAAAGCAUCACCAAUGUCACUCAGGAGAUUGUGAGGCUGCGCGCUGAGAAUGCCGCGCUUGUAGAGUCGACCAGAACGUUUGACGAUCGUCGUCAAGCCAAUCAGCUGCAACUCAACGAGAUUCACAAGGAGGAAGCAAAAGGUGAUCUGUCGCGUGUCUAUGGCGACAAGAUGCCAGCGCUCCUCAAAAAGAUCAGAGACAACCAACGUAGAUUCACUGGAAAAACACCGAUCGGUCCAAUCGGUAUGAACAUCAAAGUACGACAAGAGAAAUGGGCAUACGCCAUAGAGUCGUGUAUCACAAAGAAAUCACUGCGUGGAUUCAUCGUUGAAACGUUUGCAGACGGUGAUCUUCUAUCUGCAUUUGCCAAAGAUCUUGGUAUUCCUGAUUUCGAAGUGACAUGUGUUCAGAAAUUCCAGGAUCGUGUUUAUCGUGAGAUUAGAGAUGAUUUCGAUCCAAAGUAUUUAACUGUUUUGCGAGCGAUCGAAUCGGAUACACCGCAUGUUCUCAACUUUUUGAUUGAUACAAAGAAGAUUCACACUACACUUUUGGAGGAGGACAGACACAAAGCAGAGUAUAUCAUUUAUCAAGAGAGACCGGCGUUUUUGAAGGAUGCUUACACGUUAAUUGGUGAUAAGAUCUACAUGAAGGGUAACACACAGGGUAUCACCACCGACACAAUCGUCGAAGUCACCGACGAUCCUACAGAGGAGUGGGAGCGUGGUAUCCAGCAGAUGGAUAUCGAGUUCAACGAAUACCGUGAGUCUAUCAAACAGCAAGACGAAGAGAAAGCUUUGAUCAUCGCUAAGCGACUGCCGAUUCUCGCGUCAAACAAAGAGCUGGACGCCGAAGUCGGAAAGAUCAACCGACAGAUCAAUGCUGCCGAUCAAAAGAUUGGCGCGCUGGCGAAGCAAGAGCGUGAGCUGCGACAGAACGAAGGUAAACUUCUCAUGACGUCAACCAAGCACUCUACACAGCGCGCAACCAUCGCGCAGCAACUCGAAGCACAGAAGCAGUCGUUGAUUCAACAGCAGGAGAAAGCCGAGCAGUUUUGUGGACGUGUCGAAGUGCUCGAGAAGGAAACACCGGACCACUUGACGCGUGAUAUCAAUAAGCACAAGGCGGCAAUCGAGCGUGAAACCAAGGGUCGUCGUAGUCGAGCGGAAGUAAUCAACUCGCUGCGAGACACCCAGGCGUCGCUCCACGAAGCCACCGACAAGCGUGACACCCUGAAAAAGCUCUGUCAAAGCGCCAAAGUGCGUCUGGACGACCGUUUCCAAAACUGGCAAAAGUUCCGUACCAAGAUUUCGCGUCGUACCGCGCUCUUUUUCAAUAUUUUCUUGUCGCGUAAGGGUUACUCCGGUAACAUCCAGUUUGACCACACCCAGAAGCGUCUCGAAGUCAACGUUCAGCUCAAUAAGAUGGCACCGGCCAACCAACAGUCCAGCGCCAUUCAGGCGGCAAAGGGUCAGGCCAAAGGCAAAGGUGACACCAAGACACUGUCGGGUGGUGAGCGUUCGUUCUCGACGGUCUCACUGCUACUCUCGCUCUGGGAGGCAAUGGAGUGUCCGUUCCGUGCGAUGGACGAAUUCGACGUAUUCAUGGACGAAGUGAACCGUCGUAUUUCAAUCGAUCUUCUCCUGAGCAAAGCCAAAGAGAACCGCAACCGACAAUAUAUUUUUGUAACACCGCUUCCACUCAACUCGAUUACGCCAUCACCACACAUUUUCAUACACAAAGUGAGACCACCGUUUUAA